AUGGCGCAGUUAUCGGAAACGUACGCCUGCGUGCCGUCGACGGAGCGCGGCCGCGGCAUCCUCCUAUCUGGCGAUCCGAAAUCAAACUCGAUUCUAUACUGCAACGGCCGAUCCGUCAUUAUCCGGCACCUGGACCGCCCGCUGGAGAUGCAGGUGUACGGGGAGCACGCGUACCCCGCCACCGUGGCGAGGUACUCCCCCAACGGCGAGUGGAUCGCGUCGGCGGACGUCUCGGGCACGGUUCGGAUCUGGGGGAGCCGCAGCGAGUUCGUGUUGAAGAAGGAAUUCCGGGUGCUUUCGGGUCGGAUCGACGAUCUCCAGUGGUCGCCCGAUGGUCAGCGGAUUGUGGCGUCCGGCGACGGCAAGGGCAAGUCGUUCGUGCGAGCAUUCAUGUGGGACUCAGGAACUAAUGUUGGAGAAUUUGAUGGACAUUCAAGAAGAGUUUUAAGCUGUGCAUUUAAGCCAACAAGACCAUUUCGCAUUGUAACAUGUGGGGAGGACUUUCUGGUUAAUUUUUAUGAAGGACCUCCAUUUAAGUUCAAGCUAUCUCACAGGGAUCAUUCGAAUUUCGUAAAUUGUGUUCGCUUUUCUCCAGAUGGGAGCAAAUUCAUUACCGUGAGCUCUGACAAAAAGGGUGUAAUAUAUGAUGCCAAAACUGGUGACAUAAUCGGGGAAUUGUCGUCUGAGGAUGGCCACAAAGGUAGUAUAUAUGCAAUUAGUUGGGGUCCUGACAGUAAGCAGGUGCUAACAGUAUCUGCUGAUAAGUCUGCAAAACUAUGGGAAAUAUCCGAGGAUAAUAUUGGAAAAGUGAAGAAAACCUUGUCUUGUUCAGAUUCUGGUGGAGUAGAUGAUAUGUUAGUUGGCUGUCUCUGGCAGAACGAUUAUAUCGUCACUGUUUCCCUUGGUGGCACAUUAUAUUUGUACUCAGCCAGUGAUCUUGACAAGGCUCCAUUGAUAUUGUCUGGACACAUGAAGAAUGUCAGUUCUCUAAUGGUGCUGAAAAACCCCAAAGUUAUAUUAUCCAGCAGCUAUGAUGGUUUAAUUGUCAAGUGGGUUCAAGGUAUGGGAUACCACGGGAAAUUAGAGAGGAAGGUGGUUUCUCAAAUCAAAUGUUUGGCUGCUGUUGAUGAAGAAAUCGUUUCAUUUGGAUUUGACAAUAAGGUGUGGAGAAUUCCUCUACAAGGAGACCAAUGCGGUGAAGGAGAGUGCAUCGAUAUUGGCAAUCCAGCAAAGGACUUGAGCCUCGCCCUUCUUUCUCCAAACAUCGCAUUAGUUUCUACUGACAAUGGUGUCAUCAUACUCGAUGGUGGAAAAGUUGUGUCCACCAUUGACUUAAAGUUCCCAGUGGCUGCUUGCGCUAUUGCACCUAAUGGCAAGGAAGCUAUUGUUGGAGGUCAGGACGGGAAAUUGCACGUGUAUUCCAUCACUGGCGACACACUGAAAGAAGAAGCAGUGCUCGAGAAGCAUAGGGGAGCUAUAACUGUCAUCCGGUAUUCUCCAGAUGUUUCCAUGUUUGCAUCGGCGGACGCUAAUCGAGAAGCUGUCGUCUGGGAUGCUGCUUCCCAUGAGAUCAAGCUUAAAAACAUGCUUUACCAUACCGCACGAAUUAACUGCCUUGCUUGGUCUCCCGAUAGCACCAUGGUUGCCACUGGCUCACUCGACACGUGUGUAAUCAUAUACGAAGUGGACAAGCCUGCAUCGAGUCGUAUAACUAUAAAGGGAGCUCAUCUAGGUGGCGUUUAUGGAUUGGCUUUCGUUGAUGAACGCAAUGUUGUCAGUUCUGGUGAGGAUGCUUGUGUCCGUGUAUGGACUGUAACACCUCAGUAA